AUGUUGUCGAUGCAGAACUCCCUGUACUUUGCGCGCCCAAAUUUCAACGGGUCGGGUCUGCAGGACGAGGCUUGCUCUGGAAACCCUUCGGAUAUUUCCAUCCCCACUCUGGCCGACAUCACCAACGCCAACACAACCGCCCACUCGCACACCUUACGAGCCAGCACCUCCAGCACCAGCACCGGUGCCAGCCCCGAUGAUACCUCCACGGAUUCCCCUGACUGGCCUGGCGACUCGGCCGAUCGGUCGCUGGCGGAUUUAGACGCGCACGCCUCCAGUUAUCACCUGUCGCAUCGACCCGAUUCCUCCUCCUCGACCUUCCUCGAUGCGCCGCCGCCCUUCGACAUGGACGGCCUCCCCAAGGUGGAAGAGUUGGACGAGGAUAUCCAAAGCAUCAAACCGUCGGAUGUGGGGGCAGAGGGGCCCAACGACUCGGCAGCGCCCGUCGCGGUUCCACGGAAACGUGGACGACCACGCAAACACCCGCUCCCUGCACCGGGCGGCCAGGUCAAAGUCACCAAAGGUCGCUCCAAGACCGGUUGUAUAACUUGCCGUCGCAGAAAGAAGAAGUGUGAUGAAACCAAGCCAGCAUGUCUCAACUGCCAGAAGAAUGCGGUUGUCUGUGAGGGAUACCCCCCAAAGGAGAUCUGGAAGAGUGGUCGUCAAAAAAUAGCCAAUGUUACCCCAUUCCAAUCUCGACUUGGUUGGUGCAUGCAUCUCAAAUCUGACACGUCCUCUCCCCCUCAAGCAGUCCGCACCCAGACCCUCACCGCCAUCCCUCGCAACCUCCCCCUCCUCAUCGAUGGCAUCGAAACCGAUAUCGAUCGCCGUUUCCUCGAUCACUUCGUCUACGGAUUCAGCCGAGUCCUGACCCUCAUUAACGAUGACUCGAAUCCGUUCAAGGAGAUUCUCCUACCGAUGGCCACGCAACAUCGGGGGUUGAUGCAUUCGCUCAUGUGCUUGUCGGGGUCACAUCUGUCUGGUCUGGAUCCGGAGCCCAAGUUGAAAGAGCGCAAAUACUUCCAUUUCCAUCGAGCGAUUCAGGACCUCAAGGACAAUAUCACCGCGACAUCAUCCCAAACCGCAAGCGCCAGCACGAGCGCGGGCACGGACACGGAACACGAACAGCAGCUACUGGUUGAGGACCCGAUCAUUGCAUCGACCAUCGCCCUCAGUCUGAAUACGAUCUGCGAAGGUGAGACGAAUGGCGAGUAUCGCCCUCACAUGGAUGCUGCUCGGUACCUGCUACUCUCGCAGCAGCCACGCAAUGAGAAAUUCCGCCAGUUCAUCGUCGAGUUUUUCCAGUACCACGACAUCUCCAACGCACUCACCUCCCUGGACCGCCGCCCCUCGCUUAUGCAGGGUGGCCUGCGUCUGCCCGACUUUGUACCUAGUGCCCAAGCGGGCAACUUCCUUGGGGUGUUUGAUGGUUUGUUCAACUAUAUCUCUGAGGUUACCCAGCUACGAGACCGGAUCCGUCAGCGGUUCAACGAGGGCUACGAACCAGCCGUGGAUUACCAGACUCUCAGUGAGGCCGUUCAGAUCGACACGGCGAUCCGGUCAUGGAAGACUUCACAUGAGGAAGAAUCCCCGAACUGGUAUCUGGCUCAACUAUAUCGGCAAUCGACGUGGGUCUACCUUUACCGGACGAUCCGACCCUCACGACCGAGCGAUAAGAUUUCCCAAGUCGUCGACGAUGGGCUAGGCUAUCUGGAUCAGCUGCCCCAAGAUGCGGGUGCCUACAGCAUCGUCUUAAUGCCGCUCUUCUUGCUGGGAUGCUCAGCAUUUGUGCCACAGCAGCGCGAGCGGAUCAAACGCGGCUUCGAAACUCUCAAAUCCUACUCCAACCUCCGCAACAUCGAACCUGCCUUCAAGGUUGUUUCGCGGGUGUGGGAGAUUAUGGACACCAAAAUUGAGGACAGUUGGGACUGGGAGAAGAUCAUCAGUGACAUGAAUAUGGAUUUCUUGAUCACUUAA